AUGGUUAUAGCUGGUCAAGAAUUCAGUAGGGAGUACAAGUUUGGGAAAGAUAAUCAUCACAAAAACUUCAAAGAUAUCCCUCAGGGCUUGUUCAAGUUGGGACAAUUGUCCUUGGCUUAUUGGCAUCCCAUAGGGUACAAACAUCAGCAUCCUGUCAUAAGCAAGGAAGCAGGGGACUGCCUGCCAGCCAACAAAAAAUUCCAAAAAUAUUGUGAGGCAUUUUAUCACAUCCUUAACAUCUACACAGUGCAGCUUGCUCCCAAACUUGCAAAAAGAAGCCAAGAGGUCUGGCAGUGGAUCAGGUCCAAACAUGACCCCAAAGGGUAUCUAUCAGAGAUCAAAUCCCAUUUCUUUGCUCAAACCAUCAGGUUCAAUGCCAACACCCAUUUUCACUGUGACAGUGCUUCCUGUUGGUGUGGGUUCAAUGCUGUUGCCAGAUGUGGAAAGUACAAGGGGUGUCUUUUGGAGUUUCCUGGAUUGGGUGAAAGUGUUCCCCAACCCAAGGAUCUAGGGAAGACAUAUGGGAAGGAUGACUACAAGAAAUUCAGGCAGUUGUUCCCAUGCCAUCAACCCUCACAGCCUGAACCAGGGCAAUCCUUGAAAUGA